AGGUGUCCGCGGAAAUUCUGGGGUACGGAGUACGGAGGAGGGUCGGAGUGGCGCUUGCGCGCGAUCCUCCGCGCGAGGCGAAGAGGGCGUUGCGGAGGGUGAAAAUUGUGGAAAUUGCCAACGGAGGGGGUAGAUUUCAGGAACGAGGGGUACUCGGGUGGCAGUUUGAACAUGCCUUCAGUGUACUCUUGCACGUCGCUAGCCGCGUUCGAUCCCGACUCGCGGGAAGCUCAUUCCGCUCCGACGAAAGCCUACGCGGCGCGAAAGCCGGACUUCAAGGGCGGCAGGCGCGCAGAAUUCAAAUCCGCGAUUUGCGAAUGUGAUAAAAAAUGACAACGUCCACGCGGAACGGACGGGAGAUAUAAGACGAGGAAAAUCGUCCGGGCCGAGGUCGACGCGAAUGAUGCAGAAAUCGAAACGAACGCGAGCUAAUCAGUGUGGAAAAAGUAGGUCGAAGUUCGAUAGCCGAAAUUUUUUGCCCAAUAAACGAGAAGGGAAUGUAGGACGCCGAUUUUCGUCGAGUUCCAAAUUCUUUGGAGGAAUCCAAUCGGUAUACGUACGUGCGAAGAUCGUUCGACGAGCAUUAUUUCGGGGGAUGGAGUAACAAUAAUUUUGAGAACAUUUCCAGCCGGUCCAAAGGCCAAUUAAUACAGCGGCAUUCGCCCGUCCCCUCCCCCCUCCCGCCCCGGCGGCGAACGUGAAGUCGAGGGGUGCGUUACUCGACGUAACGAGCCUCGGUAAUUGAUUCGAAUAGGCCCUAGAAAAACCCUCCUAUCCUUUGUCCUUGGCGAGUCGGUGUCCCUCGAUAACUCUAUACGGGGACUCUUCUCGUAGUCCUUUUGCGAUCUUUCUUUCCCCAUCCCAUCCCGUCCCAUCUCGUCCCAUUCCGUUGCUCUUCUCAACUCGGUCGAAAGUACGUGCCGGUUGUGUCGAGUGCCCUGCAUAUAGGUAUACGCGGCAUUCCACCGAAUAAUUUCCCCUUCCAUGGGCCGCCGACCGCCCUUCUAUUCGCUCCUAUUGCAUUAAAUUGCAUCGAUCAUUGUCGACGGGCGCCCGACCGCGGCACCUCGAUUGUUAUAAACGGGUAUCCUUUCGCGUUUUAUCAUCCGCAAUAUCCCGGCCGAUAUUCCAUCGCCGCUUAAAUAAACUCGAGCGAUUUCUGGGGUCAUUGAAUCGGGAAAUGGUUUCGCCGCGAAAAAAUUCAGAGAACCCGGAUCCGAUAUACGCUUUAGGGAGACCGUCGAAUGCGAACGAAUCUUUGAAUCCUAGACGCCCACUAAAAAUUUCGUGAUUUCCGCCAAAUGACGAAUCGUGUGUUGUCUAUUUUUCAGAUGGCGAAUCGCGGUUGAGUUGUGACAAGCAUCUCUGAAGGUGCGCGACGACACAUCGCGGACAUGGCUACUUUAACACCGGUUUUAGACAAAUAUCAUCAUCUGGAUAACAUAACGGCGAUAUUGUCGCCCUACAACGGCACGUCGAAUUUGUUGUACGGCGAAUACUACGGUGCGGAAAGUAUAUCGAACUUGGUUAACGGUGAAUCGAUAUUGAACGAUAGCAUUAAAAUAAACGACAUCAAUUACGCGAGCAUAGGGAGAUUGCCCUCGUCGUCGUCGUCGCCGUCUUCCUCGUCUUCGUCUUCGCGAUCGGCUGCGUCGUCCUCGUCCUCGUCGUCGCGAACGUCGUCCCAGUCCUCGUCGUCGUCCACCUCCUCGAUAAACAACAACAACAGCGAAAUCGUUCGCGUCGCGGUGUCCAACAUUUUGAACGUUAGCGAGAUAAAUAAUUACGGGGCCGGGGAUUUCGCGCCGUUGAACAAUUUGUUGGGCGGCGGCAUAACCGCCGUGAAUUACUCCGAAGUGGUACGGGGCACGAUAUCGUUUUACGAGGAUUACAACAACGUCAACAACGACCGAGCGACCGUCGCGGCGAUCGACAACCUCAUAGAGGACAAGGACGAUGCGGACAACGUAUUGAACAAUUGGUGGGCGAUGCUCGCCCUCGUUCUGGUGGUUGGAACGGCGGCCGGGAAUAUCUUGGUCUGCCUCGCGAUCACGUGGGAAAGGAGGCUGCAGAAUGUCACCAACUACUUCCUCAUGAGUCUCGCCAUCACCGAUCUCAUGGUCGCCGUGCUCGUCAUGCCUCUCGGGAUCCUCACUCUGGUCAGAGGCUACUUCCCGCUACCGGCGGUCUACUGCUUGGUAUGGAUCUGUUUCGACGUCCUCCUUUGCACGGCCAGUAUAAUGCAUCUCUGCACGAUAUCGGUCGACCGAUACCUCAGCCUUCGCUAUCCCAUGAAAUUCGGCAGGAAUAAAACGAAGAGACGCGUCAUAUUGAAAAUAAUAUUCGUGUGGCUACUGAGCAUCGCCAUGAGUCUUCCGUUGAGCCUCAUGUACUCGAAGGACGACAAUUCGGUACUGGUGAACGGUUCCUGUCAGAUUCCCGACCCUCUCUACAAGCUAAUCGGGAGUAUAGUAUCCUUCUACAUCCCACUGGGAGUGAUGCUCCUAACUUACGCUCUCACGGUUCGUCUGCUGGCGGAACAACGUCAGAACAUCGGAGGCGGAGCAGGUUGGUCUUCAGGGUGGUUGGGUGGGCCUCAGGGCACACCUGUAGGAGGUCUCGAGAGAAGGUGUACGUGGAGACGAUUGCUGAUGAACAAGGGGGAAGGGGGCAGCGGGAGCGGCGGAAGCGGAAUAGGCGGGAGAGGAGGCAGCGGCGGAGGAGGAGGCAGCGGAAUGGGGUGCGCGGGAACUCCCCAGCAUACUUCCGGUGCUUCGACGGACACGGAGCUUACGACCCUCGACACACACGAACUAUGGCUUCCGGAAAGCGAACCGCCCCCCUCCGCCAUGUCGGCGUUACACGCCUUCGGUGCCGAAAUGCUAAAGCUUUCCAGGGGGCUUGAGGGAAUGACAAAUCCCACUCAAAACGCACCCUCUGCCGUUACCACUAAAUCAACCGGCCAUCAAUUACAGCAACAACAACAACAACAACAACAACAACAACACCAUCAUUCCCUGCAUCGGUGCAGCUUCAGAAACGGGUUCGACGCGAGUCUGACGAGCAGCGCGUCCAGCCUGGCGAUGGGAUCGGAGGAGCGCUCGAGCCCGCCCCCGUCCUGGCGGAAGCAGCGGCGGAGAGCGUCGACCUACAACGAGGCGCACCUCAGCCGAAUGAACAACGCGGUCGAGAAGAAGGUUGUCCGCAAAAGGGCGGCGAGUUUCCACGAGGUAAUGUCGUUCGCCGGAUCGUCGCCGAGGUCACGAAGCCCUUCGAACGCCCUCGAGAGCCCGCAACAAUCGACGAACGCCGCGGCGCACCGAGCGCGGGAGAAAAUUGGAAACGUCAAAACGAACGGGCGUUCCGCGUCGUCGUGCGUCGAGGAUAGGGAAAAAAUAACGGAGGGCGAAACCCCCCUGCCGCUCCCUCCGCCGUGCACGUGUCCUUACUUCGGCGAGUCGUCGGAAAAAGUGUCGAUACCGCGCCCCUCCACGGAAGUUAUAAUAGUUUCCAGCGACACCCUGAAACCGAUCGGCAAGAAUCACGACAUGGGUCUGCUCGGUCGGUCCCCUCGCCUCCAGGAAGUAAAAAGUUUCGACGUCAGCGGAUCGGUGGUAACGUGGCGCGGCGGCAGGAGAGGCUCGAGCAUGGGCAGCACAAAAACGCUGCUCGCCCCGCCGCGAUGCCCGACCCCGUUGAGGAGGGCGGCGACGAUGCGUGCCCACAACAACGGGGCAGCGGCGAACGUCGCGGCAAAAAGCACGAACACCUCGUCGCCGUGCCUGUGGAGGUACGCGGGUCCGGUGAGAACCCAUCACUCGAGGACGAGCAGCGUAGUGUCGAGGAACAGUUCUCGACACGGCAGGAUCAUUCGUUUGGAGCAAAAGGCCACGAAGGUGUUGGGCGUCGUUUUUUUCACCUUCGUCAUACUGUGGGCGCCGUUUUUCGUACUGAACUUGGUACCGGCGGUAUGUCCGGACUGCGAGAAGCGCAUCAAUCACAAGAUAUUCGAUCUGGUCACGUGGUUGGGCUACGCCAGCUCGAUGGUCAACCCGAUAUUCUACACAAUUUUUAACAAGGUAUUCAGACAGGCGUUCAAAAAGGUGUUGUUGUGUCGGUACAGGAACCAAACUUGGCGACCGGCCAGAUAGGCUUUGCCGAAGCGACGACCCAAGACCAGCGUCAGGGACGCCGCUGAAAGCACGGUUUAGCGAUUCCACAGUUUUCUCUCUUUCGACGAGCUCGGUCUCCGAGGGAGAAAAACGAGCGGAAUAAACGAGUAAAUAAUAAGAUACUCGGGCGAAAUGAGAGUGUAAAAAUUUUCGAGUGAAAAUAAAUGAAGGCGCGACAACGUUCGAUGACCGUCGUCGUUGCGACGCCGCCCUCGAAGGGGCGUACAAGUGUAGCCGAAAUGCUUAUCCCGUUGGAGCCUAGGUACCGAAAACAAUACGGGUAAAAAAUAAAGGAAAUUAUAAGAAAAAAGGAGAAUGGAAUAAAAUGGAGGAAGGCGGCGGCAGCGGUUUGCACCCUUAGCUUUUGAAAUUUAACGGGCACGACCGACCCCGUUGUAAAAUAAUGCGACGUCCGCGUCGAGGAAGGCUAUACGGUGUAUAAUAAAUCCUGCGAGUGUGCAGCGGCACCGAGAGUCGAUGGUCUCGGUGGUGGAGGUGAGGGUGGCGGUGAGGGUGGUGGCGGUGGUGAGGGUGUAGCGGUAGAUGGUACAAUACUAAAACCUACAAUGGGCGUUUAAAUUGUGCACUAGAAAGCUGCGGAGAAAGAGCAAUAUAUGGAAGAGAACGUUCGGAGUUGGGAAGAACACACCGGAAAAAAAGGAUACAUAAAGUACGGUUGAAAUGCUUCAACGCGUUCAAUUCUUACUUACUUAAAUACCAUUGUUACGUCGACGGCUAUAUUCGUAGUUUUUCUCUUUUAAAUUCCACGGCGCUGCGCGCUCGCUGAUUUUAUAGUCAUGGCUGUAAAUAUGUGUACAGGCGUCAUGAAUAAAUAUUACCGCAUAGACGAAAGAAUGUUUGAGUUCUUUAUAGUUCAUUUACUACUACAAUAUUGAUGUUACCGCGAUUGCUGAUUUCUCCCGGUUAUUGGUACGGACAUUUUUUCAUUCCUUCCGACAAAUUGUCGCGAUUCCGUUAUGCGUUCGAUUUGGAAAAAUCACGCGGCGACGUUAUUCGCUGUGAGAUUUCGUUGCUCUUGUACUCGUUACCAUGGGGGGAGGAGUUACUAAAUUGUACAAAAAAAAAAAAAAAAACGAAGCGGUGGACGGUGAAAAUACCUUGCAUUUCAAUGAAUCUCGAGGUGCUAAAAUAAACUUAAUGAAAUAAACAAAUAGGAAGAGACUUCGGACCACGAGAGCGAACGUGAAUGAAAAAGUAGACGCAGGAAGACACGUGGGACUGACCACAGUUCGUGGCACGUAUACGUUAUGCAAAUUGUCGUGGGGAAAAUUGUGAGAAAAAUUUGACCGUUGCCGUUCCGCGUUGAACACGACGACGAUACGAAUUCGAGUAUUUGGAAAUUCGGUCGUUCAUUUUUCCUUCGCGACGUUCUUCGGAAUGCGAAGAGAGAAAAUGAGAAAACGGCGUUUCGGUCGAGUUGCCUUCUAGAUUUGAAUGGCUGGUUUCAACGCAAAGAUAACAAGCGCCGGGGCGUCGGCACAUCCAGCAGCUAUUAUACUUACGGAAUGUAAUACAUAUACCUAAAAUAUGUGAUAUAUAAAGCGAAAUAUCCAAUAUAUAGUACAUUAGUCUCUGUACAACUUCAAAGAAACUCCGCCGGAGAACUGUGUGUGUGCGUGUGUAGAAAAUAAACGAGAUACAGGGGUGCGCGUGUAUUUCGGAAACACAUCCGUCGUACUCGACGCGAGCAUAAAUGCAAAAAGCUAUACCGGCUGCUGCUGUUUCUGCUACCGUUGGAUAAACCACCACCCGUACCGAACUCGUAGUUAUGUAUAGAAAUUGGCUUUCAGCGACCUGUGCAUACACCAACGUACAGAUACACGCGUAGAAAUUUCCCAACCCCGUGUAUAUCCCACUCCCUUAAUUAUUCCGUGGAAAACAAUGUGACGUGCAAUCAUCCCUGAACAGUGUUAAUGUAUCCGUUGUAUACCGGGUCGGAAAAUUCAACGAGCUAUAAUACGGCCUCGCUGUAUAAAUAUUUAAUCUGUUAAAAAAAACUAUAAAAUACAACAAACUAAAUCGUACGUAUGAAAUGGUAAGGAAAUAGAAUCGUUUACAAUUACCGCGAAGGAAUUUUUCGUUUCGAAAAUCGGAAGAAAAAAUUAACGAGAAGACAAUUGAAUCCGAUCGAUCAAAUCGGACGACGCGAUGGACUUCUGCAUUUUGUGUGCGGACGACGUAGAAAAGCGGCGAUGAUGUUUCAUUUUAAUCGCGAACUGAAAUGAUUCCAUUUCGCCACUCGACUACACGUGCAAUUUGACGAAAAAAGAAAAAUAAAUAAAAAUCCAUUUUCAAAUUUAUUGUUACAUUUAUACCGAAUAAGGUUGUACAUAUAAUUAUUACGUAUGUACGGACGUGUGUAUCGGUAAUCGUGUAACGCAGACGAGCGAAAACGAAUACGUGUAUCCGUAGGUUAGGUUAGAUAACUAGAAAAAAACGAUGACAUAAUAUUAAUCAAAAUCGUAACCGUUAUAGUGGAAAAAAGUUGAAGAAAAACUAAAAAAAAAAAAUAGCAGAAAUUUAAGCGAUCGCGCUCGCGGGAACGGGGAGACAAGUACGCUUAAUUAAACCGAUAAAAAAAAAAAGAACAAAAAAAAACAAAAGUAAAAAUACAUAAAUAAGAGAACAAAGUCAUAAAAAUAGGGAGCGUGAGAAUUACGAAUGAGAAGAACGACGAACAUACCUACUUUGUACACGAGAACGAGAUAAUAAGAUAAUUGUACAUACCUAUACAUAAAAUACGAAUAUCAAUAGUGAAUGUACCUGUACAUGGCAUACCUACGUACGUAAAUAAGUGAAUAUUCGAUGUACAUAAAUAAAAAUAUGAUACGAUGAGGUUGUCCGAUACGUAUACGUAUAUGUAUAUGUAUUGCGUAGGUAUAGGAAUCCAACGUGCAAUAUGUGUAGCGGAUGAAGAAAAUGACAAAGAAACAUAUAUGGAUAUAUACGUAUGCAAAUAAAGUGAAAUACAUGUAACAAAAUAA